CGCUUUGAUGCAGAGGCUAGACGCCAGUCUGCUUUGUUGGGACCAUCGAUGCUACGAUUUUCGGAGAGUCAGCUGCGAAUUGCAAGAGAUUCAGGGGGAUAUUUGCAGCAUUUUUCCGGUUAUUAGCCAUUUUUAGCUCGUUUUAAAUUCACUGUCAGCGCUUUUGUCGCCUUGUGUACGCUUCAGACAACAGAAGUGAGGAGCUCCUGUAUAUAAACAAAACGCAGCGAGCUGCUUUUUUUUAAGGUGGUACGUCAGAGACAGCUGCAACAACAAGACUCAUCCGAUCCUCGUUUGUUAAGUUAGCUAACUUCGUGUUGGCGGCGUUGUUAGCGAUGGCCAUCACCAUACAGUUUUGUUAAGAGUUAAACUCCAAAACGUGUGCGUGCGAACAUGAGAGAAGAGGACAGUUUGUUGUCAGGAAGGCAGCCCAUGGCAAGUGAAAGAGGGGGUGAACGUCCCUGCUGCUGCCCCUACUUGACAGAGGAGAAAGGAGCACUUGCUGUCCAGAAGAGUGACCUGAGGCCUCCUGGUCAUUUGUCCGCCUAGAAAAUCUGACUUUGGCACGAUAUGGAGACGGUGGGGAAAUUUGAGUUCAGUCGGAAGGAUCUGAUAGGACAUGGCGCAUUUGCUGUCGUCUUCAAAGGCAGACACCGAGAGAAACAUGACUGGGAGGUGGCAGUGAAGUGCAUCAACAAGAAGAACUUGGCCAAAUCCCAGACACUGUUGGGGAAAGAGAUCAAAAUACUCAAGGAACUGAAACAUGAGAACAUCGUUGCGUUACUGGACUUUCAGGAAACUGCCAGCUCAGUGUACCUGGUAAUGGAGUACUGCAAUGGGGGCGACCUUGCUGACUACUUACACUCCAAAGGCACCCUGAGUGAGGACACUAUUCGGGUUUUCCUGCAGCAGAUUGCAGGGGCCAUGAGGGUCCUACAGGGCAAAGGCAUAAUCCACAGGGACCUCAAGCCCCAGAACAUUCUGCUCUCCUACCCACCAGGACGCAAGUCACACUCUAACAACACCUGCAUCAAGAUUGCGGACUUUGGCUUUGCCAGGUACCUUCAGAACAACAUGAUGGCAGCAACACUCUGUGGCUCCCCUAUGUACAUGGCUCCUGAGGUCAUUAUGUCCCAAAACUAUGAUGCCAAGGCUGACUUGUGGAGUAUAGGAACCAUAGUGUUUCAGUGCCUGACUGGGAAGGCUCCUUUUCAGGCUAGCAGUCCCCAGGAACUCCGGCUGUUCUAUGAAAAACACAAGACCCUCAGCCCAAACAUCCCCAGAGAGACGUCAAGCCAUCUGAGGCACCUGCUUCUGGGUCUGCUGCAGCGCAACCACAAGGACCGCAUGGACUUUGAUGAGUUUUUUUGUCAUCCUUUCCUGGAGGCUAGCUCAUCCAUGAAAAAGACAACGCCUACUGUGUCCAUGACCUGCUUCCCAAGCUCUGCAUCAGCCAGCUCUUGCAGCAGCUCUUCCACCUCUCACCUCGCCUCACCACCGCAGUCUCUUGCUGAGGUUCAGCAUUUGCGUGCCAAAGCUCUGGCCUCCCCUACCCAGGAGGCCACUGGUUUUCUCCUCAAAGACUCGUCUGGAGGAGGCGGCAGCAGCAAGAACUCCUCCUCCUGUGACACAGAUGACUUUGUCAUGGUGCCUGCUCAAUUCACCACAGGUGAGCUGACAUGUGAGGGUAAAGUGCUGCAGGACAGCCUGAUGAACAGCAGCUCUCUUCUGGCUUCUGCUGGUCUGUGUAGCCAAGUCAAAAGUCCUCCACACUCACCUUCCUGCAGUGGGUCUCCAAGUCCUGUCAGACCCAGUGAGUUCUUGGGAAGUAACUAUAUUGGUAGCGAUGGAAACCAUGGUCAGUCAUUGCCUAUCCCAGUCCCCACCCAGGUCCAGAACUACCACCGCAUGGAGCAGAACCUUCAUUCUACCAAACAGGAUUGCUCACCACGGAUGUCGACACCAGUGCGUCGUUGCAGCAGUGGAAGCUUGCUGGGCUUUGCUCGGACCGGGCCUUCACCACCAUACGGGCAAGGAGCAGUCACCACCAAUCGCAGGCUUUCUCUGGGAGGUGCCAGACCUUUUCAGCUCUCCCCUCAAGCUCCUCAGCACAUUGAACCCCGGCCGACUUCUCAGCAACACCCACAGACGACAGCACUGGGCACACGGACAGGACUGGGCACACGGCUCCACAGUGCCCCCUGUUUGUUGGAGUGUGCCAGUGGUGGUGUCCAGCAAAAGAUCAGGAAGCAGCACUCAGACCCGGUGGUGGCACCCUCGACCGGCCUGAUGACUGUCCGCCCUCUACACUCGUCCCCCAGACUCAGUGAGCUGAUGCAGCGUAGCCCCCUCCCCACCAUCCUGGGCUCCCCUUCCAGGGCCAUCCCUCCUUUUGAAUUCCCCAAGCCUCCGAGCUCUACGAACCUCGUGACCUUCCUGACGCAACAGGGUUUGAUCAUCGGCUCCCCGUGCAGCAGGACUGUCCCAGCAGAGCCCAGAGACGCAGGACAACAAGCGCUUGCACAGGUCACCCAGCCUGCCCACUGCAUCCACAGACUGAAUGAUGAUACCAAGGGCUUUGGAAGGUCUCAGAGUGCAGGUCGUCUGUCUGACAUGCUGCUGAUGGCUGCAUUUGGACCAGGUGGACCUGUGGGUGAUCGAGGCAGCACAGAGAACCUGACCUCUGAAAAAGCCAUAGACAUAACAGUGCCCCCCGGUGGUGGGGGAGUCCUUGCACCCGGCUCCAUCAGCCCAGCACAUGUGGUUUUCACCGUGGGCUCUCCUCCCAGUGGCAGCACCCCACCUCAUGCAUCCAGACAGAGGAAAUACUCAGGCUCCUUCACUUCAAUCAGCCCCGCUGGCUCCUUCACAAGCCGCUACCCCCAGACAGGAACCUAUCUGGAUGGCUUUGAGGCUCCUUCCAGUCCUCGCUACAGUUUCACAGAUCCUAUCACAGCCAACAUGGGCGGUCAUGUAACCUUCGAGGCUCCUGACCUGCCCGAGGAGACACUGAUGGAGCAGGAGCAUACAGACACUGUGCAAAGCCUGCGUUUCACGUUGGAUUUCGCCCGCUGUCUGAUGGAGGUGGCUGGAGCCCGUGGGGUCGCGGUGUGCGGGGAGCAGGGGGACAUUUCUCAUCCCUCCCUCCUUCAGCAGCAGAGCCUGGUAGCAGAUCAGAUAAGCUCACUGAGCCGAGAGUGGAGUCAUGCAGAACAGCUGGUUCUCUUCCUGAAGACUGCAGAACUCUUGUCCACUGCCUUACACACAGCCAUGGAGCGAGUUAAACAGGGCAAACUCUACCCAUCGUCUACAGUCAAACAAAUAGUGAGGAGGCUGAAUGAGCUGUACAAGUCCAGUGUGGCGUCCUGUCGCUCACUCAGCACCCGUCUGGAGCGCUUCUUUUCCAGGAAGCACCGUCUAAUGGACCAAAUCACCUCCAUCACAGCUGAGCGGCUGCUUUUCAGCCACACUGUGCAGAUGGUUCAGACUGCUGCGCUGGACGAGAUGUUCCACCAGGGGGAAGCAUCAGUCUUGCGCUACCAUAAAGCUCUCCUGCUGAUGGAGGGCCUGUCUCUGCUGCUCACUGAACAGGACGACAUCCUCAGUGUUAGCAAAUGUAAGGAGUGCAUUGAACGGCGCCUCACAGCUUUGCAAUCCGGACUCUGUGUUUGAGAGCCCUACACUGCUUCUUGGACUGUGCAUACGAUGUCAUUUGCACCCUGCACAUCACCAGUGAACCAAACCUCAUGGUCUUCACUUAGGAAUGCUUUAGUUUUCACAAGAAAACCACAAGGCUUUAGUUUUCACUGAACCUCAAGGGUUUGUGCUUUUUAAAUGGCUUGCCAUUCAUCUCAAGUUCGGGACAGUGGUAGUGACUUCCCUGACACUAAACUUGUACCAGUGUUGGACAUGAAGCGCUUGUGCUGUGCAAGAAUGUCUGCGCUCUAAACUAUGUGAGAGGACUUAGCUUCUGGCACUGAAAAUGGUAGAACCCCUUCACUAGGCGUAACACCUGCAGGAGCAAUUAUUGCUAAGUUGUCAGAUACCCACAUACAUUACUUAUCUAAACAUAAACAGAUAGCAUUUUAUGCUGGACAAAUAUUCGUGCUAUGAAUUUGCAAUAGGCUUUAUAGACAAAAUGUUAUAUUUUACCAAGAUCAGUAGCUGGAUGGAAAGCACAGUAUCUGCUGUACACCUACAUAUAAAGUAAGGACGUGUUCUGAUGAAGAUAGGGAACGGCCAAGUAUCAUUCUCAUCAAACGUAUAUUUGUCUUAUACCCCUUGUUUGCUUUCCUGGGUUUAUUUUUCUGGUAUUUAUCUAAUUGUUACUUGCUCUGCUGAAGGACAGUUUAAAUAGCAAUGCUACAUAGGGUGGCUAGAAGCGCAUACAAGCACUAUUACAAAACUGUUGCCACUGCAGGUAACUAUGCUGGUUUGGAGAAGAAGAAAAAACCCAUAAUGUUUAAUCAUUGACACAAUAAUGUAAUAGGGAUUUUGUUUUUUAAAUGGGAGCACCAACAGGCAGAAAAUGGGUCCAGAAAACACUCAUUACCCCACUUCUACAUGCCAAAUAUAGCUUUUAAUUCAAGAGAGACUGAAACUGGUCUGUUAACAUCUUUGAUCACAAUCAUGUUAAAGAUGCUGCAAUAACCUGGGAUGUAUUCCUAAGGUACACAGAAGCUUAUGUACUGCUGUUGCUGGUGAUUUCUUCACCAAUUCCAUAUUCUGUCUGAUUAUAUGUCGUCAGUCAAUCACGUCGGAGUUUAGCAAGUAUAAUCAAAUUUGAGGGCUGACAGGAGAGAAACAGCGCUAAUGUUAGCCAAAUGUUACCCAAAUUUAGGGUCAUCCCAGGGUUUAACGUCUGAAUGUUUUUGCACUGUUGAAGUACUGUAUAGAACGAUCUUGGGUGGAACAUGCUGAACAUAGAAAGAAAGAUAAGCAUAUUUAGAGCUUUCUAUUCCAUGCUUUUAUUACAGUUUUAGUUGUAUUACAGUUGCUGUCAAAAGAUGUGUGUUAGAUGUGAGAAUGCUGACAAAGAGAUGGUAUAAGUUAUGAAACCCUAGAAAAAAAAAAUUCGCUUUACACUGAAAAAUAAUUUUGCAUUGGUUGUGUUGUGUUCUGUUUCAGAGUAGUCAGUGGGUGGCGAUUGUGUUUGAUUUUGAAAAGUGACCUAGUGAUUUGGAGUGCUAGUUGAAAAAUGUGUAUUUUACCUGAAAUGUUUGUAAUAUUGAUCUUAGCCAUAUGUCCCAACAGGAUACCUUUACUCUCCUAAAUUGUGGGUCAAUGGAAAGGGUCACCUUCUACUCUGGUUGCUGUCAAAGAGAAGUUUGUGUGCAUGCAUGUGUGAAGUGAUGGUGUUUGAUGUUUUAAUGGAUAGUGGGAUUUGUUUGGUACAGAACUAAUGAAAUUGGUUUGUAACAAGAUAUGGAUGAUUUGAUUUUUCACUCCAGUUGUGGAUGUAGUUCAACAACAUCCACUGAAAACCAAGGGUUCCUCUGGUGUAACCAACUGCCAGGACCCAGUACAACUUUUUUUUUUCCUGAGGUGUAUUUUCCUCUGCCUUUUUAAGUUAAUAAAGAUGGUUUAGCCUAGGGUGUUGAUGUAUGGUCAGUGCUGAAGAUAGUUUACACUGAGAUUUGUGAAGCCUAUAGUAGCACUGUCAGCAGAACAGAAUGGAGGAAUGGUUUUGUCUGUGAAAAAUUCUCUAAAUAUACAUAAUGUGUAUUUGCUUUGUGGCCUUUUGUCUUUUGUCAGAUAACUGUUUCAAACAUUUCCAUAGGUAUUACUCUACCUAGAGCAUUCUGCAUGUGUAAUGUGAUGUUUGUUUGUCUGUACAUUCCUAAUAUCAACUCAUCCACAGCCUCUCUGUCUCUUACACAUGCUGUUCGUUUCCAUCAGUAUGUAGUCUCAAAGGAUAGCAGAUAGCAGAAAGCGAUGACAUCUUACUUUUAUAAAACUGAUGCUUGUGUCACUUUUUAUUGUUCCCUACAAUCAUUGCUAUUGGCCAUCCUAACAAUGAGUAUCUGGGGUAGGAGUCAUAAAAUAAUGUGUACAGCAGUUGAAAUAAUUAAAGAGUACAGCAGGUUGGUGUAGGAAGUGCGCAGACUGUGCCCUUUGACAAGCUGGUAUCCACUCUGCUGAAGUGUCCUUGAGCACAGCUUUAGUGCAACUGUUCUGAUCACAUAAAGAUCAAAUGAAGUAUGUGUGCACUCCCAUAAUAGAUCUGUCAUUGAUUUGGAUUAUUCUUUUUGUUUGCUAAGAACAUACCCGAAUGUUUUCAUUUUGUGUUUUGACUUUACAAAUUCUGUAUUACCUGUAAAUAUUGUAAAUUAAGUUAUUGUUGUUAUUGUAUAUAUUACGCUGCAGGCAUGGAGAAAACAGUACCAUACCAUCUAUACAUUUCCAAAGAAUAGGCAGAUCUUCCAUUUUGUCUCUCACUGUUGCAAAAGCAUUUUAAUGUUGUCAUAUCUAUGACAGAUACACUAUCUCAGUGUCCCUGUGUGUGAUGUAACCUUUACUGUUUGAGUUGCAACAUGAAUAAAGUGAAAGGAAAGGCAA